CUGCAGGAACCGUGUCUGCCGAACGAGAGGGGUGCGGUGGAUACUGACCUUUGCCCCGGCCUCGUGUAGCGUGGCGAUACAGCGCAUCUCCCCGCUGUCGGCUUCCUUCUACAGAACGGGUUUCGGGCCUGGGAGCCUCUGGUGAAAUGCUUCCGCUGCUUCUGCUGCUACCCUUGUGCUGGGCCGUGGAGGUCAAGAGGCCCCGGGGCGUCUCCCUCACCACUCAUCACUUCUACGACGAGUCCAAGCCUUUCACCUGCCUGGACGGUUCAGCUACCAUCCCAUUCGAUCAGGUCAACGAUGACUAUUGCGACUGCAAGGAUGGCUCUGAUGAGCCAGGCACGGCUGCCUGUCCUAACGGCAGCUUCCACUGCACCAACACUGGCUAUAAGCCCCUGUAUAUCCCCUCCAACCGCGUCAACGAUGGUGUCUGUGACUGCUGCGAUGGAACAGACGAGUAUAACAGCGGCGUCGUCUGUGAAAACACCUGCAAAGAGAAGGGCCGUAAGGAGAGAGAGUCACUGCAGCAGAUGGCCGAGGUCACCCGAGAAGGGUUCCGCCUGAAGAAGAUCCUUAUUGAGGACUGGAAGAAGGCACGGGAGGAGAAGGAGAAAAAGCUCAUUGAGCUACAGGCUGGGAAGAAGUCUCUGGAAGAUCAGGUGGAGAUGCUGCGGACAGUGAAGGAGGAAGCCGAGAAGCCAGAGAAAGAGGCCAAAGAGCAGCACCAGAAGCUGUGGGAAGAGCAGCUGGCUGCUGCCAAAGCCCAGCGGGAGCAGGAGCUGGCGGCCGAUGCCUUCCAGGAGCUGGAUGACGACAUGGAUGGGAUGGUCUCACUCACCGAGCUGCAGACUCACCCGGAGCUGGACACGGAUGGGGACGGGGCGUUGUCAGAAGCGGAAGCUCAGGCCCUCCUCAGUGGGGACAUUCAGACAGAUGCCACCUCUUUCUACGACCGAGUCUGGGCCGCCAUCAGGGACAAGUACCGGUCUGAGGCACUACCCACUGACCUUCCAGCACCUUCUGCCCCCGACUUGAUGGAGCCCAAGGAGGAGCAGCCGCCAGUGCCCUCACCGCCCACAGAGGAGGAGGAGGAGGAGGAUGAGGAGGACGAGGAGGCAGAAGCGGAGGAGGAGGAGGAGGAGGAGGAGGGUUCCGAGGUGCAGGGGGAGCAGCCUAAGGAGGCCCCCCCGCCACUGGCCCCACCACAGCCGGCCAGCCCCUCGGAGGAAGACAAAAUGCCGCCAUACGAUGAGCAGACUCAGGCCUUCAUCGACGCUGCCCAGGAGGCCCGAAACAAGUUCGAGGAGGCCGAGCGGUCCCUGAAGGACAUGGAGGAGUCCAUCAGGAACCUGGAGCAGGAGAUUUCCUUUGACUUUGGUCCCGAUGGGGAGUUUGCCUACCUGUACAGCCAGUGCUACGAGCUCACCACCACCGAAUAUGUCUACCGCCUCUGCCCCUUCAAGCUUGUCUCGCAGAAACCCAAACUCGGGGGCUCUCCCACCAGCCUCGGUACCUGGGGCUCGUGGGCUGGCCCGGACCACGACAAGUUCAGUGCCAUGAAGUACGAGCAAGGCACGGGCUGCUGGCAGGGCCCCAACCGCUCCACCACUGUGCGCCUCCUAUGCGGAAAGGAGACCAUGGUGACCAGCACCACCGAGCCCAGCCGCUGCGAGUACCUCAUGGAGCUGAUGACGCCGGCCGCCUGCCCGGAGCCCCCGCCUGAAGCACCCACAGAGGGCGACCAUGAUGAGCUCUAGCUGGCUAGGCACAGAGGUGGGCGGGGAGGUGGCGUCUCGGGCUGCCCCAGUGAGGGGAGGCAGCAGGUCCUGAGGAAGAUGGACCCACAUGGCCGCUCUGUCAACCUGUGUCCCCUGUUUUUUUGUGUUUUUUUUUUCUGAGGCAGAGUCUCACUCUGUUGCCCAGGCUGGAAUGCAGUGGUGCGAUCUUGGCUCACUGUAACCCUUGGUUCCCAGGUUACAGGCACAAACCACCGCCCCCAGCUAAUUUUUGUAUUUUUAGUAGAGAUAGGGUUUUGCCAUGUUGGCCAGGCUGGUCUCAAAUUCCUGACCUCAGGUGAUCCGCCCACCUCAGCCUCCCAAAGUGCAGGGAAUACAGGCGGGAGCCACCGCGCUUGGCCACCCCCGUUUAAAAAAAAAAAAAAUUAUUAUUAUUUUUUUACUUUUGAAAAUAAAUAGACCAGGUGUGGUGGCUCACACCUGUAAUCCCAGCACUUUGGGAAGCCGAGGCUGGCCAAUUUACUUGAGGUCAGGAGUUUGAGACCAGCCUGGCCAACAUGGCGAAAACUUGUCUCUACUAAAAAUACAAAAAAUUAGCUGGGUGUGGUAGCAGGUGCCUGUAGUCCCAGCUACUGGGGAGGCUGAAGCACAAGAAUUGCUUGAAUCUGGGAGGUUGAGGUUGGAGUGAGCCAAGAUCAUGCCACUGCACUCCAGCCUAGGUGACAGAGCGAGACUUGCUCUCAAAAAAAAAUAGAAAAGGUCUCCAGGCUGGUCAACUCCUGGCCUCAAGUGAUCCUCCCACCUCAGCCUCGCAGGCAGCUGGGACUACAAGCAAAUGUGACCAUGCCCAGCUGUCCCCAGCUUUCUAAUCUGGUCUUUCUCCUGCCCCAGAACCUCAAGAACGUUGUGAAAGCAGCCCCUGCAGUGCCGUCCACCCACCCCUCCUAGGCCUGCCUGUGGCUCUGUCGCCCUCUUCUAUGGGUAACAGGACCUAAAUGGGGCUUCCUGCCCUGCUCUGAGGCCCAGGCAGAGAUGGUCCAUAUUCCUAGUCCCAGCGGCCUCCAAAGAUAGGAUAAAGGAGCUUGCCCUCCCUGGGCCCCCCAACCAUACCCAGCCCUGCCCCUGCCUCCCCUCCUGUUGGGGACCAGUGAAUGACUUGACCUGUGACAUCAAUACAAUAAAUGUGAUUCCCCCACCCAAA